AUGAAAAGUCAACCGCAAACAAUCCAAACAAGUUUUUCUUUACCAAACAGGUCUGAUGUGACAGGCAUCAUCCAAAACCACUAUACCAACUUCCGAAAUAACCAUCGUACUUCUCAUCCCUUGCACAGAAAACUGCAGAUAUCUGCCUGUUUUAGAAUACACUUAGGAAACGAGGAUGUCAUUGCAAAACUAGAUGAACACCAAUUCCGGGGCCUUAGAUUCCGUCGGUUGCUUCAAAAAGCUAGUAAAAUGGUGUACUUGAUUGAUGAAUUUAGAACAAGUCAGUGCUGCCCAGCCUAUGAAAAUUUUGGAUAG